UGGCAGCAGCAGCGGCGGCGAGGAGCACCCUCCCACUCGUCUUCGUCGUCUCCUCGCAGCAGCGAUCGCGCCCUCCUCCUCCUCCUCCCGGAUCCGGGGCCAAAGAGUAAUUGAUCUUUGAAGUUCUAUAACAUGGGUCGUGGUGUUAGCAGCGGGGGUGGUCAGAGUUCCUUGGGCUACCUGUUUGGUGGUGAUGAAGCUCUGAAAUCAGCUGAGAGGCCUGCUCCAGUUCAAAAGCCUGCCCCUUCGUCCUCUGCAGAGAAACUGAAAGAGAUUCCAGCUGGUAUUCAAAGUAGUAAAGCAAACAAUUACAUGAGGUCUGAAGGCCAGAACUGUGGAAAUUUCCUUACGGACCGUCCGUCAACUAAGGUCCAAGCUGCUCCAGGUGGUGGCUCAUCGCUUGACUAUCUCUUCAGUGGCAACAAGGAUGGCAAGUGACGGUCACUAUGCUGUCCUGUUUACCAUGAGUCUGGAUGAAAGGUUCCUGGUCAACAAAAGCAUGUAUUCCCAUGAGUAACUAACGGCCAAAUGUAUCUGCUCAUGGUAUGUCACAGGAAUUGUUGUUAUGUAUGCAUGUGUCUGUGCUUCGGUGUCGAUGUAUGUGUGUGUGCUCGUCAGCAGCUACUUGUGCAAAGAACAGAUCGCAUGUUCAUCCUGUUCCUUAUUAGUUCGUGGCUAACAUUAGUGUGUGCUUGCUGCUUUAAUGUAUAACUGUGUUCUAGCUGUGUCGUACACGUCAGAUUGGAGACAUGGUUGUGGUUUGAUUCUCAUUGCUGAAGAAAGAAAUGCCUGUUCUUUCCGGCAUAUUUGUGAUAUAUUUUCUA